AUGCAUAAGCUACUCUCCCCAGCGAGAGCAACAAGUGCUAUAGUAGGCCUAGGCCGCUUAGCGUAUGAUUCCCGCUAUCCAGCGCCCACUGUGCAACACCUCUUAACCUUUACCACUCUCUCUUUGUUUCCUCACUCUCAUCAUCAUCAUCAUCAUCAUCGCCAUAGUCAUCGUCAUCGUCCUCGCACACUCACACUUCUCCCCACCACCUCUCUCUCCUUCUGUCCUCUCCUCCAAAACCCUAAUUUCCUCACGGGUAACUCCCUCUUCCGCGGAAUGGAGGGAUUUGUAGUAAUUUUAGUCUUCAUUUUAAUCGGGGUUCAUUCUACCCUGGUUAAUGGUGGUAUUCAAUUGUAUUGUUGUCCGAGGGCCUUGGAUGGACCAAUUCAACCCAUAACUGAUCCUAGUGUCGAGGAUUUGGAUUUGCAACCAGACAAGCAAUUCUGGUCCCAUAGUAGCGUUAAGAAGAACAAGGCGAUGGUGGAGAAUUUGCAGAGUUAUGGAGUGAUUAGCUCCAAAAAGGUUGUUGAAGUGAUGGGGACUAUUGAUAGAGCUUUAUUUGUGCCUGAUGGGACCCCACCUUAUGUUGACUCCCCCAUGGCAAUAGGUUAUAAUGCCACCAUUUCUGCACCUCAUAUGCAUGCAACAUGCCUUCAGUUGUUGGAAGAGAAUUUGCAGCCUAAUAUGCGUGCUUUGGAUGUUGGUUCAGGGACGGGAUAUUUGACAGCUUGUUUUGCCUUGAUGGUUGGGCCACAAGGCCGUGCAGUUGGUGUAGAGCACAUUCCUGAGUUGGUUUCUUCCUCAAUCGAGAAUAUUAAAAAAAGUGCAGCAGCACCGUUAUUGAAAGAAGGUUCCCUCUCAGUGCAUGUCGGUGAUGGAAGGCUAGGUUGGCCAGAAUUGGCACCUUAUGAUGCCAUUCAUGUUGGUGCAGCUGCACCAGAAAUCCCACAACCACUUACUGACCAGUUGAAGCCCGGAGGCAGAAUGGUGAUUCCAGUGGGAAACAUAUUCCAGGAUUUGAAGGUUGUGGACAAGAACUUGGAUGGCUCUAUCAGGGUCCGGACUGAAACUUCAGUUCGUUAUGUUCCUCUCACAAGCAAAGAUGCUCAGUUGCGAGGCUCUUGA